ACUCCGUAAAGUAUAUAAAAAACGAUGAGGAAAAAAAAGCUUCAUCGAUCAAGUCUUCAUCAUGGGUAACUUUUUCUCCAAGGCUUCUUCUUCAUACCAAGUACAGACUGGUAGCAAGAGAGCACUUGAAUCAGAUGAUGCUGAAGGACAAGACUAUAAAAAGACACGUGUUGAAAGGGUGUUUGUCAAGGAAAGCAGUGUUGGUAUUAUUGCCUAUGUCAACCCUCAUAUCCAAGGUUUCCAUAGUAUUUUGAAGUUUAGAGCAGAAGACUUUCUUGUGAAUGAAGUAGAUAUGGAAAACAAUAUUGUUCACCUUACUUCCUUAGCACCACCUAAUACAAAGGUAGACAAGAACAUUACCUAUGAAUACUAUGAAGCUUCUGUGUUUGAUAAAGCAGUCAGUCAUAUUUUCGAUCAAGUAUUUGCUGAAUCAUUCAGAAGUUUCCUUGAUGCUCCUGAAGACACGGAAGCUGUCUUGACUGUCACCGCUGAUAAAGAACAACGUCUUGAAUUCUAUAAACUUGUUGAAGCACAUUUAGAAACCAAGGUGAAUUGCCGAGGAAAAGAUGGGCAACUUGUUGUUCGAUGGCCUUCAGCUGCUCAUUCUGAUGAAUUCAUUGAUUGGAAAGCACUUGGUGGUGACUAUUUACAAGUGAGCAUGCACAAAUCUGGCAUUGAUACAAUGAAUGCCAUUAAUAUUAUUGCCAACAAAAUCAAUGUUCAUGCAAAGAACUUUGGUUAUGCUGGUACAAAAGAUGCUCGCGCCAUUACUACACAAAGCCUUACAUUGAAGAGCGUCAAGCCUGGCCGUAUUAUUAUGGCACAAGAAGAAUUGAAGAAAAGUAAUAUCUAUAUUGGCGACUUCAAAUUUGUACCAAAGGGUCUCACUUUGGGUGAUUUAAAUGGUAACCAUUUCACAAUUGUACUUCGUGAUGUAAAAGGCGCAAAUGAACAAGACUUGGAAGUGUCUUUACAAUCACUCAAACAUAAUGGUUUCUUGAACUAUUUUGGAAUGCAAAGAUUUGGUACAAGCAUGGUAUCUACACAUAAAGUAGGAUGUGCUAUUAUGAAAAAGAACUAUCAAGAAGCCUCUGAUUUGAUUCUUAAUCCCCGUGAAGGAGAACGUGAAGAGUACUAUAAGGCUAGAACGCUUUGGCAAGAAACACAUGAUGCCGAAGCAACCCUUGCUGUUUUCCCUAAGCGCGCUUAUUCUGAAAGAAAGCUUUUGAGCUUCUAUGCAAGAUAUCCCAACCAUCAUGCCAAGGCUAUUAAGAGUCUUCCUAAAAACAUGCUCUCCUUAUAUUCUCAUGCAUACCAAUCAUAUAUCUGGAACCGAGUUGUUUCUGAAAGAGCAAGACUCUUUGGUACUGACAAGCCAAUGGUUGGUGAUCUUGUUCUUGUUGAUAACAAUAAAAACACAAAGUCCAAGCAUGUCACUAACAAUGUGGGUAGACGUGACCCUGCCAAGCGCAAAGUACCUAAGGUCCUUACUUUGGAAGAUUUGGAUAAUUAUUCAAUCACUGAUGUUGUCUAUCCUUUACCUGGUAGACAAACUGUCUACCCUGAUAAUGAAAUGAAAGAAAUUUACAGAAAAUUCUUGGCUGAAGACGGCAUUUCUCUUGAAAAGAAGGAAAACCAUUUUGAUGGUUUGAAUGGUGACUAUAGAACCAUGCUAUCAACACCUUCACAAAUGAGCUGGUCUUUUAUUCGUUACAACGAUGCAACAGAAAAACUCUGUAAUACAGAUGUAGAUAGACUUGAAGGCAAGCCAGGGCCUGUUGGUGUUCAAGACGGUAAACAUUUGGCCUUGAAAGUGGAAUUCACACUUGGUACUAGUCAAUAUGCUACUAUGGCAUUAAGAGAAGUCAUGAGAGCAGAAACCUCAGCUCAAGCUCAAUCUUCUAUUUUGCAUGACUAAAAAAAAAAAUAAAAUGCAUAUCAAAUCGUUUCUGAAUAAUGCAAGAUAAGUCAAAUUCUAAAGAUAAGGUACUACCCAUUCCUCACGUAACAGUUGGGAAAUCAUACUUUCAAAUUACUACAGUUUAGCGAAUAUACCGUUACUUAGUUUUCGAUCCAUCUCCCUCUCUUUUUUUUCUUUUACUAAAUUUGGACGAGCACUAAGUACAGAAGUUCCCUCUUCCCUCCCUCCCUCCCCCCC